AUGUGGAAGAGGGAAGAGGAAGAAGAGAUGAGAGUGAUGCAAUAUGAGAAGAUCCUGCUGCUUCUGUCACUAAACAUGGAGGAAGGGACUGCUCUGCUGGGUCUGCUCCUGAUCUACCUUCACCUUUCAGGUCCUUCUGCCCAGAACAUCGAUGUAGUGGAGGAGAAAGUUCCGUAAGACUUGGGGACCAACUUGCCUCUGCUUGGACAACAUUCCUUGACCAGGCCCUCCAACCCAAAACAUCAUCAGACCAAACCAGAUCCUGGGGCUAAUGAUCUAGCAAGGGUUCUUCUGAAGCCCAAUACUAUUCUAUCAGAUGACUCCCAACCAGGAGGUCCUGGGGUUCAGAGGUGGCCCUCAUCUGGGUGGCUGCCCUGCAUGGGUUCCUGACCCUUUGAGGAUCCUUAUCAGAUCAUGGCUGCUGCCGAGGACCACCUGGGGAAAGUACUGCCCAAAGAACCCUCUUUCCCUUCCAGUGCAGCUGCCCUCCCUCUGGGGGACAGUCCUUUGCCUGUGGGGUCCUCGGCAUGCUCUGCAGGACCCUCACCUGUGGCUUCAGUCCUCCACCAGGACUCUGAUUCUAGAUGGCCACCCCUUCUAAGGCUGGGAGCCCAGGGAGAAAUCCUUACCCAACACCCACCCUGGUCUCUCAUCAACAGGAUUCAACAGCCACUUCUGUCAGGUCACCCCUGGGGGACGCUGACUCCCACCAUUUCCUGGGGAGGUGCAGGUCCUAGAACUGGAUGGGGAACCAAGCCCAUGCCAUACCCUGUGGGAAUCUGGGGUCUCAGUAAUCAAUACCCAAGUACCAACUGGGGAAAUACUGAUUGGUAUCCAGGUACUAGCUGGGGGGAUAUUAAUCAGUAUCUAGGUACCAGCUGGGGGAAUAGUAAUCGGUAUCCUGGCACCAGCUGGGGGAAUAUUCAUCUAUACCCAGACAUUAAUAAUCAGUUUUCUCCUGGAGUUCACCAUCCUCCUGGCUCUUUUGGAAAAAUUAAGGCUGGCUUCCCCAAUUCUCAAAACCUUGGGUCACUGUUGGGUUAG